AUGGACCAAAUUGCUUCGUUCACUGAGUUAUUUGAUCAGGUAUGGUUGCAAGUUGACUCCGAUAAUAAAGACUUUAUUUAUGCUUCUGAAUUACCGCAGUUUCUUUCUCUCUUAAAUGACAAAAUUACUAGAGAUACUGGCAUUCCAAAGAGGGAUAUACUGGAUCCAUCAAGUGAUAUGAAAUUGCAAGGUUUUAUCAAAGAACAACAAUAUUUCAAAAUACUGAAAAAUAGUAUGAUUCGUACAAUUAUGAACAUUACGGGUAUUGAUUUACAAUCUCAACUAAUCGAUUUGUAUCCAUCAUAUUUCACCAUAGUAGAUACGAUACCCAUGCCAACUGUUUCUCCAAUUAGAUUGGGGAAGCCUUACUCUCCAAGUUUACCAAAAUCUGUAGAGUCUAAAAACCUCAAGACUUUACAAUAUGAAAAUAAUUCCUUAAUUUUAGAAAUUGAAGAAAAAAAUCAUAUGAUUAGGCAGUUGAAAGAUUCCUUAAUUGAAUUAGAAGGGAAAUAUACUUAUUUGGAAAAUGAAUUGAAAUACUAUAAAAAUAAUACUCAUUCGAAAUUCAAUCAAUUACACUCUGAAGUAGAUAAUGAAGAAAAAGAUUUCUUAUUAUUAGAAUUGAAAAAAAUAUUACAAGAGCAAAACGUAUUGAUUGAAAAAGCUAAAAAAAACAAUAAGUCGCGUCUGAAAUCCCAAACUUUACCAUCACUUUCUAAACUACAACAGCAAAGGAAUUUUAAUGAUAUUUGUUUUUCUUGUAAAGAUUUCUUUGGUUAUUAUCUCUCACAGGAGAAUUUUUUAAAUUACAUAUUACCAAUUACUAUAUUAAUUUUAUUGAUUUGUUUCUACAAAUUUCUAAAUUGUUUGUCAUUAUCUGGUAAUGUUGAAAAUGAAAGUAUUAUAAAUCACAUUGAAGUGGAUAGUUCCCCAAUUAAAAGAUUAUUCAAUUAUUUAUUUAUAAAGGAGAAGGUACGUGAUAGUGAAAUGUUUGAAGACAAUUCUUCAAAAUUAGCUUACGAUAGAUUAAUCGGAAUAAUAGAUUAA